UUAUUUUUCAAAACUUUGGAUGGUUUUGGAUUUUCAGAGCAAUAUCAUUAUUUAUACUUUAUUAAGGAUAUGAAACCCUUAUUGGAAAAGAGAAUGGGAGUUUCAUGGGAGAAGAUUCGGUUCAUCUUUGCUGGAAAGGAAAUUGAGAAUGAAAGAAGAUUUGCUGAUUACUGUGUCUGCAAGGAUAGUACCGUGCACGUUAUUAAAAGGUAG